AUGGGAAAUAAAGGAGCCAAAAAAAGUGCAUCAACUGAAUUAACACCCAAACAAAUCGCUUUGCUUCGAGCAAAUACCAAAUACAGCGAGAGAGAAAUUCGCGAAUGGCAUGCGGGUUUUCUUCGCGAUUGUCCAAACGGUCGACUUGAUAAAAAGAAAUUCGUUGAAGUUUACAAACAAUUCUAUCCUCAAGGCAAAGCAGAUAGUUUUUGCAAACUUGCCUUCGAUACGUUCGAUGCUAAUGACGAUGGCUCCAUCGAUUUCGAUGAGUUUCUUUUAGCUAUUUCAGCAACAAGCCAUGGUGAUCUCGAUGAUCGACUUUCUGUUGCGUUCGAUAUGUACGACAUAUCCGAUGAUGGAUUUAUCGAUCAAAAAGAAUUAACCAAAAUGAUUACAGCUAUGUAUGAUCUUGUUGGAGAGACUGAUCGUAAAGGUGAUCGUGAUCCCAAGAAACGUGCACAAGAAAUUAUCGGAAAACUCGAUGUUGGCGGUGAUAAAAAAUUAAGCAAACAAGAAUUCAUUGCUGGAUGCAAAAAUGAUCCAGUUAUUCGUCGUUUACUUGCUCCCAAUGCUUAA